AUGCAAUGGAAGAAAGGUGAUGCAACGAAUGGACAGAUUGUUGCUGGUGGCAAAGACCAAGGAAAUGGAUUAAAUCAAUUGCAAUAUCCAACUGAUAUAUUAAUUGACAUAGAGACGGAUAGUCUCAUUAUUUGUGAUUAUGGGAAUCGACGAGUUGUACGAUGGCCUCGUCAAAGUGGCACAACUCAAGGCGAAAUCCUCAUCGACAACAUCGACUGUUAUGGAUUGGCCAAGAAUGAUCAGAGAAGUGACAAGAAUGGCACUCUCGUUGCUGGUGGAAAUGGAAAAGGUGCUGAUUGCAAUCAACUCAAUGGGCCUGGUUACAUCUUUGUCGAUCGACAACAGGCUGUCUACGUGUCAGACCACAACAAUCAUCGUGUAAUGAAAUGGAAUAAAGGUGCAACAGAAGGUACUGUCGUCGCCGGAGGUCAAGGCGAAGGGAGUGCUCUGACACACUUGCAUCAUCCUGAAGGACUCGUCCUCGAUACGUUGGGUACCCUCUCUGUUUCAGACUCGACGAAUCAUCGUGUCAUGCGUUGGCCUAAAGGAGCAACACAGGGCACUGUCAUUGUGGGUGGAAAUGGUGAAGGAGAAGGAGCAAAUCAGUUCAAUCGUCUCAUUGGUUUGUCUUUCGAUCGUCAUGGCAAUCUCUAUAUCGUCGACGAUCAUAAUCAUCGUGUCCAACGAUUUUCAAUUCAGUAG